AUGCACAACGAAGCCCUCAGAACUAUUCAUGUCUGUCCCAAAGCUACCAAGAACCUUAAUAUGAGGAAGGAGCUUGGUUGCUAUGUGUUGUUCCGAAAGUUGCCAAGCCGUCUGGUGCUGAUGACAGUGCUACUGCUACAGGUGGUGAUGCUGGCACACUAUACAAGCACUCUGGUCUCUGCACUGUCUGUACCACCAGCACUUCCAGCCAUCUCCUCCAUCUCUGACCUCCUCAGGAACCCUGCUCUCUCCUUCGGCACUACCGGAGACACAGCAAUUAUAGGCUACCUGAAGAACUCACCCCGCUUAGAUCACCAGCAGGCGUACGCCUACAUGAUGGCUGACGGGGGUGGAGCUCUGGUAGCCAGCACUGCCCAGGGGAUGGCCAGGACGCUGCUCGAGAACUACGUCUACCUCGACACCUCUCUCUACCUCCUGAGUGAGAGCGACUGCCGCCACGUCAUCCUACCUAAGGCUCACUUCACAGCGAUCACUUCGUUCGCACUACAGAAGGACUCCCCGUUGGUUCCUAUAUUUAAUAAAAUAAUUCUGAGAAUAAAAGCUGGGGGAGUGUUACUUAACCUGGAGCGUAGGUGGAGACCUGACCAGCUCAAUUGCGAGUUCACCCACGCCUCCGUCAUAGGGAUGGAUGCUGUCUUCACGCCCUUCCUCCUGCUACUGCUCAUAAUGGUGCUUUCGGUGGCUGUGUGUGUCGCUGAGCACCUGUGGCGAGCAGUGUACACGAGGACCUCCACCAUUAACACUGCUACUCACGUGAACCACACGAAGAACUCUCAGACUUUCUGAUGAUAGUGUGGAUGUGAAAACUUCAUUACUGUUUAACAAAUUUGAUUUCAUGAUUCUUAAUGGGUUGGGAAAAUAUUUUUGUUAGUAGGUUUGGGUUCGAGAAAGACUUGCCUAGUAUGGGCCAGUAGACCUGCUGUAGUGUUCGUCCUCUCAUGUUAAGUUGUUUUCAGCCCUCAAAGUGCAAAUAUGUAGCGAAGUUUAGUGAAUAAUCUCAAGCAAUGCACUCGGUUUCUCUAGGGACCCACAAAAGUCUGUUAACACCCAGGUAGCUACUCACUGGAUGAUGGACAGGUGUAAGCAAUUUUCAUGAUACAGAAUCGAACCCGGGUCACUCGAGUUGGGCAGAAUCAACAGGAUAAAGAAAGUUUAAGUAUUUCUUUGUGAAUGUUUUUAUUUUUUACACUGUGAAUUACAUAUCUAUUUAAUCUUAGGCAAAAUAAACAAAAUUUAUAGAGCACAAACUCAUAAUUGACAAACGAAUAAAUGUCGACGUAAAAACCGUAAUAUAAUUCCUGAAUGGGGCAAUCAAACUGUUAAUAAUGCUACUGCAAUACUAUCAUUCAUCAAC